UAAUUUUCCGAGAGUCCCAUAUUCCUCUUAGACUUGGACUGUGCCUUUUGUCUCUCUCUCUCUCUUUGCUUUUCAAUUUCUGAGACCAUUUCUUGAGCCUCAGACAUUUGUAAUUAACUUAUACAAGCAGCCAUGGAAAUUCAAGCUCCAAAAAAUUCCAACAACGUAUACAUUCACAGCUCCAUAAUUGAUGAAGAAAAACUAGCAGAAGAGCAAGCAAUAGACUCAUGGGUUCCCAUAACAUCAAAUAGGAAUGCAAAAUGGUGGUAUUCUGCUUUCCACAAUGUUACUGCCAUGGUUGGUGCUGGUAUUCUCAGUCUCCCUUAUGCCUUGGCUCAACUUGGAUGGGGGCCUGGAGUAACAGUGUUGGUGCUGUCUUGGGUUAUAACUUUCUACACGUUAUGGCAAAUGGUGGAGAUGCACGAGAUAGUUCCUGGGAAACGUUUCGAUAGAUAUCAUGAACUUGGGCAGCAUGCUUUUGGGAAAAAACUUGGCCUAUGGAUCAUUGUGCCCCAACAAUUAAUUGUUGAAGUUGGAGUUGACAUAGUUUAUAUGGUGACUGGAGGAAAGUCACUCAAGAGGUUCCAUGAAUUAGUCUGUCAAAAACAUCAUUGCAAAGAAAUAAGCCUUACAUACUUCAUCAUGAUAUUUGCCUCUGUCCAUUUUGUUAUCUCCCAUCUUCCUGAUUUCAAUUCCAUAGCAGGCGUGUCUUUGGCUGCAGCUGUCAUGUCCGUAAGCUACUCUACAAUGGCUUGGGGGGCUUCAGUUAAAAAAGGUGUACAAGCAGAAGUGAAAUAUGGCUACAAGUCAUAUCAGACCACAGCAGACGCAGUGUUCAACUUUUUCAGUGCAUUGGGAGAAGUUGCAUUUGCUUAUGCUGGUCAUAAUGUUGUGUUGGAAAUUCAAGCAACAAUGCCUUCAACACUAGAAAAGCCUUCAAAAAAACCAAUGUGGAAAGGAGUCAUCGUUGCUUAUAUUAUUGUUGCUAUGUGUUAUUUCCCUGUUGCUAUUAUUGGCUAUUGGGCGUUUGGGAAUAAAGUGCAUGACAAUAUUCUUGAAUCUUUGGACAAACCUACUUGGCUUAUUGCUAUGGCUAACAUCUUUGUUGUUAUUCAUGUUAUUGGGAGCUAUCAGAUAUAUGCAAUGCCAGUGUUUGACAUGAUAGAGACGGUGCUUGUCAGAAAAUUUAGGUUCAAGGCAACCUGGAUGUUGCGGUUUGUUACAAGGAACAUUUAUGUGGCUUUCACCAUGUUUGUUGGCAUUACCUUCCCUUUCUUCAAUGAGCUGCUUGGAUUCUUUGGAGGAUUUGCUUUUGCCCCAACAACCUACUAUCUGCCUUGCAUCAUGUGGCUACUAAUCUACAAACCAAAGAAAUACAGUCUCUCCUGGAUUAUUAACUGGGUUUGCAUUAUUCUUGGAGUACUAUUGAUGGUUAUAGCACCAAUUGGGGGCCUAAGAUCCAUAAUUAAGAAAGCCACGACCUACAAAUUUUACCAUAAUUAA